AUGUUUUCGCUCAAAAGAGGGACAGUAAAUGUCAUAAGGCAUCAGUCCUAUCGGAAACCAGCUCAGCGAUGCGGUUUUGCCGACCUGGUGAGCUCCUCGGCAGAACUAGUUCAAAGUCUCCAUGCUACCACUGGCUUGCCGUGGUGGGCCUUCAUACCCAUGUUCACGUUUGGAUUUCGAGCAAUUACGACUCUUCCGAUAGCUAUUUCUCAAAGAAUCAGGCUAAGAAAGCAAAAUUCGCUGCGCCCACUGAUAACUGCCACAGGCCCAAUUCUGCGGAUGAAGCUAGCAGCUCAUGCUCAAUCACAGGCCCAGGCCAGGCAACUUUCGAAGGACCCGCUGGAUUCUCUGAAAGAAACCCUAAGUUACGAGAAAAUCGUCGUCUUAGCGGCAAAGGAGAAUCGUAAACGCCAGAAAGUCCUCUUCAAGAAAAAUGGCUGUCAGGUCUGGAAGUCAGUUCUGCUACCUGCAGUUCAGAUACCCGUUUGGCUCUCUCUGAGUUUCACGUUCAGGUCACUGACCGGAUGGCAAGGAUGGCAUUCAAGUGACAGGCCAUUGGACCCUUCUUUGUCAAGAGAGGGAUUUGGUUGGGUGACUGAUCUGACUUACGCUGAUCCGUAUACAAUUUUGCCGAUUGUUCUCGAGGCAUUGGCACUGGUGAAUAUCGAAUGGAACAACCGAACAUUGAGUCUGAUGAGACUGACAUCCAAGGGAAAGGGAAAUUCGCGUCCAACUAUGUUUGAUGCUAUGAUUAACACCUCGCGUAUAGGCGUGGUGUUUUUGAUGGUGGUUUCGUCCCAAGCACCAGCUGCUCUAUCGCUAUAUUGGAUUAGCUCCAAUGUGUUUUCGUUGCUACAAAAUGUAGCAUUGGAUCGUUUGCUGCCAAUAUCGUAUUCGCCAUACAUGCAAUAUUCGAAGAAGACCCCUGUGGCGGAUGCUGUUUCUCUGGUGCCGGUGAGGGCCUAG